CUACAAUUGGUAUUUUAAUUCGACAUUAAUUGUACCGUGGUUAAACAAAUACCUACCUAGUUAAUUAAUUAACCUGGUCACUUCGAUCGUCAAUAAAUAAUAUUCGUUAUAAACUUAUAAAACAUCGACAUUUGAUAUAGUCGAGUGGGUACCUAUCGUCAAUAGUAAAAAAUAAAAAUAGCUCGUUCCAAUAUUUGUCUACAAAAGACUGUGGUUAUUGUCGUUAUUGGUUAGUAUGGCUGAACGAAUUGAACAAGGAAUAUCCGAAACCUACCGCGGCGAUAACCAUUUGGAAUUACACGAUGAUCAUUUGCAAAGUCGCUCAUUUAUCGAAACUACCGUUAAUUGUGAUCGCCUUGUGAAUCGUUUGGAAUCAAUGAAUUUCUUACGGGAUGUCGCUUUAAAACUUGGCGUUGAAAAUACUCGUAAACACUUGGUACCAUACCUCACUCAUCUUAUAAUUGCUGAAAAAUUAUCGGAAUUGAAAAAUUUAGCAGAAGUUCUAGGUGAAUUUGAAAAUUAUGUGGGAGGACCAAAAUAUGCUCACAUUUUGUUGCUACCUCUAGAAGAGUUAGCUGGUGCCAAAGUUAAUGAUGUUAGAAUGGCUGCCAUCAAAUCAUUGCAAACAUUGGCUGAUAUUAUGGAAGUAAUUGAUCUAGAGAACUUUUUCAUACCUUUUAUUGCUAGUUUAACAAUGAAUGAUGAAAGUGCUAAACGUAUGUCUGUUAGUCAUCUUUUCACUACAGUUUAUAUGCGUGUCAGUCCAAAAUAUCAAAGUGACUUAAUUGACUAUCAUUGUUUCUUAAGUUUGGACUCGUCACCUGCUGUUCGUCAAAAUGCAGCUAAUAAUUUGGUUGAUUUCAGUGAAGUUGUUCAUAUGUCAAUUUUUGACAGUAAAUUAACUCCACGUUUGGAACAAUUCAGUUUUGAUCAAAAUGAGCAUGUUAGAAUUUUGGCUUUAUCAACAGCAAUAACAAUUUCAAAAAAAUUUGAUGUUUCCUACACUAAAGAAAUAAUUCUUCCUAUUGUGUUGAAUUCAAUAAAUGACCCUUCAUGUGGAGUACGUUCAAUACUCAUCAAAAAUAUUGCAAAGAAUUUGAUAGAAUUGCCAGAAGAUCGAUUAAUAUGCAGUUUGAAAGCAUUUAUUAUAAAUAGUUCAUGGAAAAUGCGAAACACUGGUGCAAUUUAUUUAUAUAUAUUGGCAAUUCAAAAAGGUCUCAAAUUUUUUGAAGAUUAUUUAGAACAGUCAUUUUUAAUAUUAUUAACUGACCCGAGUAAAUAUUAUUUAUUUCUAUUUUUUAAAAAUUGUAUCGAUUAUUUCUGUAUAACAAGACUUGAAUAUUUGUAUAAGACUAAGAUAGUUUCAUAUUAUAACAUUUAUAACUCAUAUAAUGAUUUGAGUAAAAUAUUUAAUAUUUUUUAGAAUCAACUGUUCAGCAAACCGCCAUGGAUGUGUUUAAACAAUUAGUAACAGAAUUUGGAAUGGAUUGGGCUCAAACAUAUAUAGUUCCAUACCUAAUAAAACUAUCUUACUCAAGAAAUACCUAUAACAAGAUGGCGUUUUUAUCAUUUGCUAAAGUAUGUGCAAUAAUAAUGUGUAUACAAUUUAGAAUACUUAACAUUAAUAUGAAAGAGAAUGCAGUGGAAUAAUGAUUUGUUGGAUACUUAAUAAGCCAAUGUUCUAUGAAUAGAUGUUAACUAUUAUAUAUUCCUUUGAUCUCAAAAAACUGACUUAUAUGAUGGAUUCCUAAUAGUAAAGUUACAAAAAUCUUGAAUUACUUAAAUUAUUAGAAUUUUUUUGAAAUCUGUGACCAAUUGAUGUUAAACGAGCUAUUUCCUCAUGUUGUGUACUAUCAGUCUGAUGAAAAUCCAAAUGUUCGUUAUGCUUUAGUCAAAACAUUAAAUGUGAUGAUUACAUCAAUUGCAGAUAAGGAUGAUAUAUUAAAUGAUAAAAUCAAAACUAUAUUAAAAAUAUUAAUCACAGACACAAGCAAUUAUAUUAGUGGACUGGCGAUGGAUGUCUGGGAUAAACACUUUAGUACUCGGUGAUAUUAUACAAAACUAUCAUCAUUUUCAAAAUAGUAUCCUCAAACAUUAUUUUCACUGCAAUUUUUUUCUUUUUAAGUUAUUAAAU